CUAAGCUACGCAAACAAGCGAGCAGGCACGGCACGGGUAUCCUGCACUAGCCUGUAGGCAGCAAAGGCUCCGGUGGCCACGAAACUGUCUCAUCGACUUCUUCAGUCAACUCCUAGUGGGCCAGUGUGAGGCAGGUUGGUGAAUAAAUUAUUCCAUUCGCUGACAGAGGCGGCAUGGCGGCGCAUCCGGGCUCCGAGCUGUAGCCCAAGAUGACUGGGGCGGAGAUCUCUGACUGGUGGCUGCGAGGCGGUGAGGAGAACUCCCCUCUACGAUAUUAUAAUGAGCCUCCUACUGCAGGGCAUUGUGAGUGCUACUAAAGAUGUCUGAUAGUGUUGAUAUUGAAGAGAAACCACCAGCCCCCCCCUUGAGAAUGAACAGUAGUUCCCGAGACUCUUCAUCAGUGAAUCACGCAUCCAAACCGCUUCCAAUGGCUCCUGAAGAGAAAAACAAGAAGGUCCGCCUGCGCUCCAUCUUCCCCGGGGGAGACAAGACAAACAAGAAGAAAGAGAAGGAACGUCCUGAGAUAUCCCUACCCUCAGACUUCGAACACACCAUUCAUGUUGGCUUUGAUGCUGUAACAGGAGAAUUCACAGGCAUCCCAGAGCAGUGGGCACGGCUCUUACAGACCUCGAACAUCACCAAGCUGGAGCAGAAGAAGAACCCGCAGGCCGUGUUGGACGUCUUGAAGUUUUAUGACUCCAAAGAGACCGUCAACAACCAGAAGUACAUGAGCUUCACUUCAGGAGACAAGUCAGCACAUGGGUACAUAGCAGCAAACACUCUGAACCGGCUGCUGUCAUCUGGGCCUCCUGUCAGCCUUAGAACCUGCAGCGCAUUAUUUGACAAGGGUGCCAAAACAUCAACAACAGAACCCCCGAUUGCUCCGCCUGUGUCAGAGGAAGAGGAUGAGGAGGAAGAGGAGGAGGAAGAAGAGGAGGAGGAAGAGGAGGACGACGACGAACUGCCCCCGGUCAUUGCCCCUCGACCGGAACACACCAAAUCUAUCUACACGCGCUCCGUCAUGGAUCCACCAAAGCCUCCCACCCCCGUGAAAGAGGUGCUGACUCCACCGGAGUCGCAGGUCCAGCCGGAGAACACGCCCAACACAAUGUAUCGCCAUACCGACCGGCAGAAGAAAAAGUCCAAAAUGACGGACGAGGAGAUUCUGGAGAGACUCAGGAGUAUUGUGAGUGUGGGGGAUCCCAAAAAGAAGUACACACGCUUCGAGAAAAUAGGACAAGGAGCGUCUGGGACUGUGUACACUGCCAUCGAUAUAGCAACCGGCCAAGAGGUGGCCAUUAAGCAGAUGAACUUGCAGCAGCAGCCCAAGAAAGAGUUGAUCAUCAAUGAGAUCUUGGUGAUGAGGGAAAACAAAAACUCCAACAUAGUGAACUACCUUGACAGUUACCUGGUAGGAGAUGAGCUUUGGGUGGUGAUGGAGUAUUUGGCUGGAGGCUCGCUGACAGAUGUAGUGACUGAGACCUGCAUGGACGAAGGCCAGAUUGCAGCAGUCUGCAGAGAGUGUCUGCAAGCUUUGGACUUUCUACACUCCAACCAAGUUAUCCAUAGAGAUAUAAAAAGUGACAACAUCCUCUUAGGGAUGGAUGGAUCUGUGAAGCUGACCGACUUCGGCUUCUGCGCUCAGAUCACUCCCGAGCAAAACAAGCGCAGCACGAUGGUGGGAACGCCCUACUGGAUGGCACCAGAGGUGGUGACUCGGAAAGCUUACGGCCCCAAAGUGGACAUCUGGUCUCUGGGAAUCAUGGCGAUAGAGAUGGUGGAGGGAGAACCACCUUAUCUGAAUGAGAAUCCACUCAGGGCGCUCUACCUGAUCGCAACCAACGGGACUCCAGAGCUGCAGAAUCCAGAGAGACUAUCAUCUGUGUUCAGAGACUUCCUCAACCGCUGUCUGGAGAUGGAUGUGGACCGCAGAGGUUCUGCCAAGGAGUUGCUCCAGCAUUCUUUCCUCAAGUUGGCGAAGCCUCUAUCCAGCCUGACGCCCCUGAUUGUAGCUGCAAAGGAAGCCAUAAAGAACAGCAGUCGCUAAGGAUGUGCUCUCUGUCCGCACCCGAGGCUGGAGCCCCGCCUGCGAUGAGUGCUUUCAUCACAUCCAGGGGCUUGGGUGUAUGGGUGUAUGGGGGGCGGGUGACGUGACAGUGACAGCACAAGGAGGGGUUUGUGUGACUUACAGUGACAGCACAAGGACAAAAGACCCCCAGGCCUCAAAUGUAGGAUGGACAUCUGGCCUUGCAGCGUCUCGGCCCAUGCUGCUGAAAAGACCUUGUCUCCCCGUUUACUCCUCCAGCACUCUGUACAUGUAGAGCAGUCUAUCACAAGUGUGUGUGAGUGUGUGGGUGUGUUGGCCUGCGUGCGCGUAUACAAACUGUGCACAUUUCUUUGUGUCGUACGUCCUGUUUGGGAGGCGGUUGCUUCCCAAACCGAAAAAAAAAAAACAUGAGAAAAUUGAAAAGAAAGCGUGCUCAUUUUCAAGAAGAGGCUCCAAGAGCGACGAGGAGAGACAAAAAAACUAAACUUGAAGAGCCUGAAUUUCCUUCCCUGGCAAGCUUUAGGCUUGAUUAUCCCUCCUCCAGUCCUUCCCUUCAUGGUGCACCAUCGGGCCACACCUGCACCUGCAGGGACUGGCUGAUGUGAGAGCGUGAUUCUGGACCCAGCCUUUGCCUGCAUGACUACGGCUCUGUGGAAAAAACAUAGCUACUCCUCUGCAGACUGUCACAUCUCAAGGUGGAAUAUUUUUGCAUUUUCUGUGUGUCUGUGUGUGUGUGUUUGUAAAUGCGUGUAGUAGGGGUGCCACUACAGGGGAAAAAGUCAGGAAUAAUUUCACAUGACCUAUGCCAGCUUUAAACACCCUUUAUUAAUCCAUUUCAUAUCGGUGAAGAGUUGGAGUUGGCGACGGUUGCCUGAAGUUUUGGCUGUUUCCUGUUGCAGACACACAUGAUCACUGAUGCCAGAGCCAGAGCUGUGUGCUUGCGAUGUUUAUAUUAUGGAGAUCUGUCAUUUACUCAUCCUAGAAGAUGGUCAUCUACAGUAAGUUGGAGGUCCAGCGCCACACUCAAUCACACCCAAGGAUGCCCCAAGAAUCACAGUGUCCUUAGUCAAAAUACACCCAACAAACAAAUGCUGUGAACAAAAAAUAUCUUUAUCCAAUUGAAACUGACAAACACGACAUAAAGGGAAAGUACUUCAAAUGCAUGUGUUGUGUCCAAUGAGCCACUGACCACCAGCUGCCCCUCCUUCCUUCCCUCCUUCCUUCCUUCCCUCCUUCCUUCCGUCCUUCCUUC